AUGUCGCCUACACCACCUACCACAUCGUCUAGCACGCAUUCCCCCGAAUGCCAAUACCGCGUUGUUCGGAAAAGAAAUCGAGUCCCGGUGUCCUGCGCUCCAUGCAGAAACCGAAAAUUGAAAUGUAACCGUGCGAUGCCCUGCGAGAACUGCGUGAAGAGAGAUGAUGCCUCAGCUUGCUCAUACGCCCAGUCCACUAGCCGACGCAGACAUCAGAAUAACCAGUCUGCAAUGUCAACACCAGACGAUAUGCAGAAUCGCAUAGAUCGAUUGGAGAGCCUGGUUUUGUCAUUAAUGACAAAUGGCGCACAGUCGGCUGGACCUACUGCUGCGGUUGCCACUGUAUCUGGGGAUGGCAGUAUAGACUCGCUAGGCCCGCAGAGCGCAGGCGCCAACACGAUUGAUAUCGACCUGAAAGAUGAAGAAAGUGAUACAGAACAAGUUACAAAGUCGUUUGGAAUAAUGAAGGUAGAUAAUCAGAGCCAGAAAUCGUACUAUGUGUCUGAGGCACAUUGGUCGACGAUCCUGAAUGAUAUUUCAGAAGUUAAGCAGUUCUGGGCUUCUCAUAAGAAGCAGUAUGAGGAGCAGGUGCUGAAAGUGCAGGCGGCCAAGCAGACGCAGGAUCUGAAGGGUUCUGCUUUAAUAUUUGGAGCAAUGUCGCUGCCAACUGAAGCGGAGAUUAUGGCAUCUUUCCCGUCGAGAUAUACCGCGGACAUGCUUCUCCGCCGUUUCUUUUCUACCCUAGAUCCCUCAAUCACUCUUGUCCACGGUCCGACCUUUUGGAAAGAGUAUGAGGCGCACUGGCAAGAUCCUACAAAAACGAGCAUGGUGUGGAUAGCAAUGGUAUUUGCAAUGUUUCGGUUGGCAAUGCUAUCGUACCAUAGAGAACAAGAUGAACCACCCGAGUUCCGAGGGAAGUCGUUAGAUAUAGCCAAAACAUACCGCAUGGCAAUGGCACAGGGGCUAGUAUUUUCAGAUUUUACGAAACCUCAUCGAUAUCUACUCGAAACUUUGGCCUUCCAUCUACAGGCCGAGUAUUCACAGAGCUGUGAAUCAGAAACCUCAGUUUGGAUCCUGGUCGGGAUGGUUGUCCGCCUGGGAAUGCGAAUGGGAUACCAUCGCGAUUCUAAAAUGUUUCCGAAUAUCUCAAUAUUCCAAGGAGAAAUGCGGCGGCGGCUCUGGACGUGGGUACGGCAGGCAGACCUGUUAUUCUCCUUUGAGGCUGGGCUUCCAAGUAUGAUUCGGACGGGAGAUGCUGACACUGAUCUCCCUCGAUGCCUUUAUGAUGAAGACUUUGAUGAAGAUUCCAAGGAGCUUCCUCCCGAGAGGCCACUCGACCAACCAACUCCCGUCACAUAUACCAUUGUUCACGCUAGGUUGUCUACAGUUUUUGGGCGGGUACUAGAGCAAUCGCAGAAGCUCCGAGGGUCUUCUUACGAAGAGGUUUUAGAGUUAGAUAGGGAGCUGCGACAUGCCCACGACACGAUACCCGAGUGGCUACAGAUGAAACCUAUUCCUGAAUGUUCACAUGAGCCAGCCAAUAUAAUAAUGAACAGAUUAGGGGUUGAGAGUAUUUAUCACAAAUCUCAAUGUGUUUUACAUCGCCCUUAUCUCAUAAGGGCCCGUGAAAACCCACGGUAUACGCUGUCACAUCGAGCCUGUGUUGACAGUUCCUUGGAGCUCCUACGGUUCCAGGCAAUGCUUCAUGCCGAAAAGACAGCUGGAAAAAGAAUAAUAUCUCCUAGGUAUUACACCACAUCACUUACUGGUCAUGACUUUUUGCUUGCUAGCACUAUUCUCGCCCUUGACCUCUACCACGACACCCAAUUAGGAGUGACAAGGCGACAAGGAGACAGCCCAUAUGGCUGGGGACGUGGAAUGCAAGAUGAGAUGCUUGCUGCCCUUCGUCAGUCCUACAACAUAUGGAACGAGCUAAAGGAUUUGUCUAUGGAUGCGUGGAAGGCCUCCAGUGUAUUGGGGAUGCUUCUAGAGAGGAUAAGUCACCGACCGGAAUCCAGAGAUGCUUCCUCAAUGGACCAGAGAUUUGACCCGCAAGAUGAGAAACAGAGCGCUGCGAUGACUCUAGGCUUGCUAAGCAGUGGUCUAACGCCACUUGGACCUACAAGUCCGCCGCACUUUGCGGACUCCAUGCUGGGGAUUGAUCGAACUUCUGCAGCCCCGCAAGGAAAUAUCCCUUCUAACAUAGACCCAAUGGCAGGCGCAAAUUCUCCAUUUGGCAUGUUUGGACAAAUGCCAGACAUGCAGCAGUUUAACCUUGACUGGGAUGCAUGGGAUAACUAUAUCCAAUCUGCUGCCCUGGAUCCUACUAAUCAAAACUGGGCUGAAUUGAACCAACGACAGGAUUUCCAGCAAACACAUCAACCUCAGGCGCCCGCCGAGAAUGAACAAAACGUGUCUACAAGACCGCCAAUACACCCGUCACGUAACGGUACAUAUGGCACUAACGGCAACACAUCCAGUCACCCUACAUAUAUGGAUAACAACGGUUACCAAGGUGGUGACCUUGGCUCUUAA